AUGCCAAAAUUCCUCAACAAAUUAAAGGAGAAAUUUCCGAAGAAGGGAGCUACAUCGAUGCCGGUUCUAGGUCCUUCCUCUCCUGAACCCGCACCCAUGCCAGCACCACGGCCUUCCUCUACUGUGUUAAGGACACCCGCACCUGCACCCGCAGCGGUAGCCGCACCCGAAGUGGCAGUGGCACCCUCAAGUGAUACGGGUUUUCGUACCGUUUGGAACGGUAUUCUGGGCAUGCUGCAUAUUGCUCAAGCGAGUCUAGGUAGUGUCCCUGUUCCUGGGCUCAAAACCGCGAUUGGGGUUUCACUUGAAAUAGUUCGCCAGUUGGACGUAGGUUCUGUAACUGCUGCGCUGGGAACGUAA